GUUUUACAGUCACCCUGAAGCCGGCCGCGACGCUAUUUUGCUCUGAAGUGUUUGUCCGGCUCGGACGUGAGGCCUGGGACCGGCACCCCACCAGCGAACCGAGGACCAGGCGGCGUCCGGCCCCUGCCCAGCCCUGCUCGUCUCUCUUCCCGGGCCAUGGGCUCUUGCCCGCGGCCGCUUCACUGAUUCCCAGUGUCCAGCCCUGACCAUGAACCCGGCGGCGAUGCCUCCGCUGCUGAGCUGCGGCCUGUCUGAGCCCAACCCCGUCACGCUGGCGCUGCGGAACGACUUGGGCUCCAACAUCAACCACCUCAAGACCCUCAACCUGCGCUUCCGCUGCUUUCUGGCCAAGGUCCAUGAGCUAGAGCGACGCAACAAGCUACUGGAGAAGCAGCUGCAGGCGGCCCAGGGGCUGCGGAGGAACCGGCUGGGCCGCACCCGGGCUGUAGCCACCCAGACGUUGCUGGAUUGCUACAGUUACUCGGUCGGCAGUUACGGUUAUACUCCCAGUUCCACAUACACACCCGGAUCCGGUUUCUCCCCCAGCACCGGAUCCGGUUACACACCCGGAGCUGGUUUCUCUAAUACCGCCUCCGGCUACACACCCGGUGCCAGUUUCUCUCUGGGUAUCGGUACCGGCUCCAGCUACACACCCGGUGCUGGUUUUCCUGCCGGCUCCGGCUACACUCCCGGUGCCGGCUCCGGCUACACACCCGGUGCUGGUUUUUCUCCCGGCUCCAGCUACACACCCGGUGCUGGUUUUCCUGCCGGCUCCGGCUACACUCCCGGUGCUGGUUUUUCUCCCGGCUCCGGCUACACACCCGGUGCCGGUUUUCCUCCCGGCGCCGGUUACACACCUGGUACGGCCACCAGUUCCGCUUAUACUCCCGGUACCGUCUCCGCUUACACCCCCGGCUCGGGGUCUCUGCCUCACCACCAUUACCCGAGCCGCCUCCCCGGAACUAUUUGGAGCUUCACUCACAUCAGAAAGGUGGGAGGCGGCCUAGAGACGGUGCAGGGACCCGGCGUGUCUUGGACCCACCCGGACGGAGUCGGUGUCCAGAUCGAUACCAUCACCCCCGAGCUGCGGGCCCUGUACAAUGUGCUGGCCAAAGUGAAAAGGGAACGGGACGAGUACAAGAAAAAAUGGAAUGGGGGAUAUGCCGUGAGGUUACAGAUUUUUCACAGAUUGUCACAUUUGCAGCAUGACAAAAAGGAAUGCCACAAGAAACUAUGCAAAAUAAGAAGACUUAAAAAACCUGUGAUAAAAUUACGUUCUGUUCCACUGCAGCAAAUGUCUGAUUUGGAUACCAAGAUUCAAGAGAAAGCUAUGAAAGUAGAUAUGGAUAUCUGUCGGAGGAUUGACAUCACUGCCAAGCUCUGUGAUGUGGCACAGCAGCGAAACUCUGAGGACAUGAGCAAAAUGUUCCAGGUGACAACUGUCAGCAAAAAGAAAGAGAAAAAGCCAGCAUGUGACGAUGAGAGCUCAGAAACUGAUGGGGAUACCACAAGGCACUCUGAUGAUGAUGUUAGCACAUCUCUCAAUAUAACUGAUGAAAUGAAGCGAAUGCUCAAUCAACUUCGAGAGACAUUUGACUUUGAGGAUGACUGUGACAGUUUGAGCUGGGAAGAAAAUGAAGAAACUCUACUGCUUUGGGAAGAUUUUGCUGAGUACACAGCUAUUGUGGAGCCUCCAACUGAGGAUACCUGGAUGGCACAAUGUGUGGAGAUUACAGAUGAAACUUUGGAAACAGUUAUUAAAGAAACUGAAUCGCUCUUCAAAACUAGAGAAAAGGAGUAUCAGGAAACCAUUGACCAAAUAGAGCUGGAGUUGACCAGUGCCAAAAGCGAUAUGAACCGCCACCUCCAUGAAUACAUGGAAAUGUGCAGCAUGAAACGUGGCCUCGAUGUGCAAAUGGAAACCUGUCGGCGGCUCAUUAAACAAUCAGGAGGGAGAAAAUCUCCAUCAUUCAGUUCUGCAGCAAGUAGUGACUCAGGGAACACAGAUGAAAUCACUGAUGAAUUUGAACGAGAUGGUGAAGGUGAUAGUUCUGUGAGCUGAUGAACUGAUACCUAGGAAAUGGACUCCAUCUGCCUGUACCUACAGCAGUUACCUUUAACCCUAUUUUUUCUAGGGUGCAAAGGGCUUUGUUCAUGUACAUAUUGUCAAGCCCUGAGUAUUGUUGUUGUACAGAACAGUACCAUAAGAUGAAAUUGGCAAAACAUUGAGGAUUUUCACCUGGUGCAGAAACCCACCAUGAUGUUGACUACUAUGCAAGCGGCUUGCCUUACAAAUCAAGAGCCUUCACCUCCCUGGAGGAGACUAACUCUGCAGGCAUCUUUUGAAAGAGAAACAAAAUGAUAUCUUCUGAAAUAUGUAUGGUAGCUGUUAAUGAUUAUAGAAUGGGAUAAUAGAAUGGUUUAUUUACUAAGUGUUCAUGUUAUUCGUUUGAUUGGAUCAUUGGCCAUUCUGGGUUUAUACAGGUCUUUAAUGUAAACAAUUCGAAUCUGAUUAAACUGCUGUAACUAAGUAAGCAAUUGCUGAAACAGUUUGAGCUAGUUGGCAUGGUGUAUCCAUUCUGCACUGAAAGUUAGAAUGUAAACCUUGAUUGUCUUCAUUCUCUAAACUGAAGUUGCUGUAGGGCUGAAUUAUUGUGACCUGUACAGAAUCGUCAUUUCAUUGGGCUGUAUUCAAUAUCUUAAUACUGCCAGUGUUGUAUGUGGGCAUAAAUUAUUGUAAAAUCCAUGUAGGAUGCUCUUCAUUUCUGAAAAAAUGGUUUACAUUUAUAAUUUGAAAACUGGAUAAUCCAUUCGCUAGAUAAACCAAUACUUACACAAAAAGUAAACUUUGGAUAACCAUACAUGAUCAGGAUCACCUUGAUUUUUACCUUUUUUUCUGAAUUGUUGAGCUUCACUUCAACACUGGCCCUAGAAAGAAUCUAGAUGGAAUCUGCCUUGAGGUUGUGCAGAAUGGAAAUACAUGGGAGUGAAUGAUUCACUGACUAUGAAUAAUGGACUUUGGUGCUUCUGUUCUGUAAAUUUUGCAUAUGACAUCAAUUACAAUCCUUAGAAUCCUUCUGCAAAUAAUUUUAAAACAAAUCAUACCUCAGUCCUGAUUGAAAGAAAAUGUUAUUUAUGAAAUACUAUAAUUUUUAAAGUAUUCUAAUAAAUUAACUAUCAACCAGCUGCAACUUCAUAUGGAAAGUUGCUUUGGUGUAGGUACUUCCAGUUGUGAAAGAUCCAGACUAGGUAACACCACAGACACCUGAGCUUAUGAGCUUUAGCCAGUCACAGCACUCUUAUUCCGUCCACAAGUGGUGAUGCUUGGUACAAAAAAUGUUAGUUCAUUGCUGUCUUUUGCUCUUUUAUCAGUUUAGCAUGUAUAAGUUCAGUUUGUAUUUUAUUGUUUGAGACUGCAUACACUCCCUGGGAUGUAUCAGUGUUAAAAUAAGGGCCUUCCAUAUUGCCUAUCUGACCAUAGUGUAGAAUGUCACCAUCAGUAACGCACUGACUUGGAAAUGUUGACUCAAAACUGGAGUUCUUAACCUUCAAAAUAAUUGUGCAUAGUUGAUUUUUAAGUGCCCUCCACCUCUAGUUUGAUAAUUAUAUAUUUUCUCAUUCUUUAGCCUAUCAAUUUUGUAAGUUUCAUCCCAGCUACUUUUGAGCUGGUGUUUGUCUGGAUUAUUCCAGCAGCUUGGUAACUCAGCCUGUGAUUAUUUUUGCCUUAGUUUUUGCUGUAAUGUACCAUCUUCACAUUGUUAGCAGUCUAUGAUUAAACAAUUUCAGUGAUUGGGUGAAGUUCUGGGAAUGUAAAUUCUAUUUUUGUACAUAAUCAAAGACUUCUCUGAAAGCUAUAUAUAGGAAGGAGGGACUGUUAUGAAAGGAGAACAAUCUCUCGAGCUUAACUUGGUCCCAUCUUUCAAAAAGCUAAAAAAAAGCCACUCAAAUUGUUUUAAUGAUAAUAUACAUUUGUAUAGGACUGAGUGAUAUACUGUCCUGUUGCCUGUGCAUUCUGCUUCAAAUGUCAUGAUUGAGUAUCUCAGGCCAUAAUAAAUAGUGGUUUUAAUAGGGUAAAGUUGACACUGAUGCAACAGCGAAUGCUGCACUUGCAGGAACCUGCAAGUACAGGGAGAAUUAAUCGGACUCAGCAGAAAGAAUUGUACUUUGCUUUUGCAGUUUCCCAAGGAAUAAUGCCAAUGCUUAUGCAAAAAUGAAAAUGUUAGUAAUUUUUAAAUCCCUCUCCAUGGCAACCACUGAAUUAUAAAAACUGUUAUAAUUUGGUCAACAAGCCUGUUUCUUGUGUCAAGUGUUAUGGUAGCUAGAAUUAAUAAAUUUACCCUUUGUUGUGCAAGUAUUUACAUUUGAUGUAUGGAGUAUAACUGAAGAGAUCUGGAGAAAGACUUUCAUACUCCAAAUACUAAGGUAAUUAAUAUUGUACAGGUAUUCCUGUAAGUAAAUCAAACAGCUCUAUUGAUGCUUUUUCCAGUAAUGAAUUGUGAUUUGGCAAACUGAACAAAAGUACUUAACACCUUAACUUCUAAAUUUUACUGUGUCUGAGUAAUUAAGAGCAAGUUACUUAAACGCUUAAUCCAUAUCUUGUAUCUUGCAUCUAUUUCAGUGUAUACAUGGAAACAUUUUGAAACAUUUCUUUUCCUGCAUUCAUACUUUCGUGGUCUUUUUGCACUUUUCUGAAAUGUAAGAAAACCUAACCAAUUAGAUGAAUUUUCAUUGUCAAGCCUUCAUCUACUGCUUAGUUGGUACUGGCGAAACACUAACUUCUAAAAGAUCAAUGUACUUUGCCAUUAUUGUACAGGGUUCCUAUCUUUAAAAAAAUGAGCCAUUUACUGAGCUACCUGUGAAUAGAGCAAAGAUCUAAAUUGUAAAACUGGUCCAAAGCAAUUGAAUGAAACUCCAGUCAAAACCAAUGUUCAGCUGGCAUGUUGUGUCCCCCUCUCCUGUCCCCUCUUGAGGUUAGUCCACUGUUCGGGACUUUUUUUUCCUCUGGUGGAGUUUGGCAAUGUGAACGUAUUGUUCAUUUUGAGAUUGUGUAAAUAGUUGGAACAGGUUUUUCAAAUGAAUAUUAUUGAAAGCAAUUAGCUUAACAUUGAGCCCCAGAAUUGGAAAAUGUUAAGUGUACCUGCUAGAAUGGUUAUUAGAUUGUGCAGUGCUAAUUUGGUGUUAAAUCUCGGUGAGGAUGACACGUACUCUUGUUCUCAGAAAACUUCGAAAAUAAACUCCAUUCACUCUAAUUGUUGCUUCGGUGGUUAUGCUCUGUGCCGUUAAUCAAGGACUUGGGACUGUUGCAUGUUUAAUGAUUUGACUUGUGCAAUUUCUGUCCCCUUCUACUGUUUAGUGACUACAGUUAGCAUCCCUUGUUUUGCCUUUUUUCUUUGAACUUCGUACCCUGGCAAGGAUGGCUUUGUAGUGGCUAUUAAAUAGAUUGUUGUGCGGAACUUUUGUUUCCUCGUUGACGGGAGUGUUCAAAGCUUGUUUGUAGGAGUUCAUAUGGAAGGGAAUUUGUUUCAACAAGAUAUUCUGACUUAAUAGAUGCUGACAUUUCAGUUUUAUUUCCCUUCAGAUAUCUGUACCGACAGAGUAACGAUUACAAUUGGUUAUUGAGCAAGAAUUGAAAUGUCAAUAACAUGACCUAAUUUUCGCGGCUAUCGCCACCAUGUGGCGAUGUAUAGAAAGUAACAGAGUUUUCUAAUGCAUUAACUUGACAUCAGCCAUUUUAUAUAUAAUCCCAUCGUAUUCUACAAAUAUGGAUGUGAUUUUAAUUUAUUCCAAAGUGUGAAUGCGACACUGACUUAAUUGUCAACAUCAUGGGAUUCCAUGAAGGGUUAUCAAAGGUGCAGAAUUGUCAAUUUAUUCAGAUAAAAGCUUGUAUGGAAUUAAACUGCAAAAGGUCACAAUAAAGUGGAUGAUUAAUUUA